AUGACGGAACUUGUAUGGAAAAGUAAGCACUUUGACGAGUACAAGGCGUUGUCACCUUCUACUGCGAAAGAGAUAACAAUGGGCGCCAUUAAGUUCAUGGCUUUACCUGAUGAUGUCAAGGAGGAUUUUCGUAAAGCGUUUCCUGUUGCCGCAGCAUUUCUCAUUUCAAUCGAGAAGAUGAUGAAACGUCGCAAGAACACUAGUACUCCUGUCAGAAACUCCUCCUAGCUUUCAAGAAACCUGGUGCGGAACGCACCAAAUCUGAUCAUAUGCAAAAUAAUCAAUAAAUGAUAGUG